AUGAAGAUGAAAGUGUUGCUUUAUGACUGGAUGGAACUGGUGGAAUCUUCUUUGAUGAUCCAUCACCGACAGCCUGUCUUUGGAAGCUGCCAGGCUCUUUUCUACAGCACAGCUUCUCCCUCCAGUGGUAAAGUACCGUCCCUGCAGCCGCCCCACGCCGCCGUGUGUCCGCUCAUGUCCGGGGCUGCGCUGAAACGGGCCCCCUCUCCGCUACCCAUGCUGAUGAGCGUGGGGGACCUGAUCGCUGACCUGCAGAGGGAGGACUCCGGGGCCUCUGCCUCCGUGCUCUCCAGAGGUAGGACGCUGCCGGCGGCGGCUGCCAUGCAUCAGCAGGCCGCAGCGCGCCGGGGGAGCUGUCAGGCUGGUUUGGCAGAUGGAGAACGGAUCGCCAGCACCACCCUCAUCGAGGCCCUGCUGGACACGGGCUUCCAGCUCGCCAUCAACGACGUGGUUUACGACGUCAGCUCUCCCGAAAAGGUGACUUCAUCCAGCGAGCAUGCCAGAGAGCUGGAGGACAUGAAACACGUCGUGCACCUGCUGCACACGGCUCUCCACCUGCCCGAGCACCACCUGCUAACGGAGAGGCAGCUGCUGGAGAAAAUAGAUAACCUCAAACAGGAGCUCUCACCUCUGGAGAAGGUGAAGGCGCAGCUGUCUAAAACAGCAGAAUUCCACUCCUCCAGGGUGGUGUGGACCGGCAUGGCCCUGCUGUCCGUGCAGGCCGGCGCCCUGAGCUGGCUCACCUGGUGGGUCUACUCGUGGGACGUCAUGGAGCCCGUCACCUACUUCAUCACCUACGCAACCAGCAUGGGGGUUUUCGCCUACUAUGAUUAUUUAUAUCCAGAUGCGAAAGACAGACAGUUCCUGCGUUACUUUUAUAAAGGGGCCAGCAAGAGGAAUUUCAAUGUGGAAAAAUACAAUCGACUGAAAGAGGAGCUGACUCAGGUGGAGGAGGACCUGAGACGUUUGAGAUAUCCGACGCAGCUCCAGCUGCCGCUUGAGCAGAUCCAGCCAAAGCCAUAAACGAUGCCAAGCCAUAAAGAGCUGUUCACUUUCACUCUAACAAAGGCAAAACUAUUAGUUUCUUUUUUUUCGUUUUCCUGCUUUAUUUUGAUAAUGGAUCAUUUAUAACCUGGAGUCAAUGUUGUUUACAAUCUUGAUAAUCUCAAACUAUAUCCACAAGAAACACACGAACGCUGCAGACAUCAUCAUAUAACGUCUGUGUUUGGAUUGUGCCCUUUCAAACAAGUAAUGAGCCAUUUAAAAACAAUGGUGAGGUGUACAUGAGUUAAGAACCAAUAAAGGAGAUGGAGUGUGUUUACCAUAAAAAUGUUUGAUUCUUUAUUUCCCCAUUUAAAAACAAACCAGUUGUUAAAAUCACAGUACCGUGAACACAAAAAUACAGGAUGAGUAUUUAGAUAUGGCAGAUUUCCCUAAAACAUAUAGAUCAUGGUCAAGAGUUUGGUCCACAGUACAGCUUUGAUUUAAAAAAGACAAACUCCCUGAGAUGCUUUCUCAUUGGUGUUUUUGGUGCAAAUAUGCAUGAUUAAGUUUACAGUAAACCACAGAGGCACGAACGGCUCAAUGAAUGUAAGUUCCCUUCUUUAAGGGGCAGGUUUGAAGACAGUAUGUGUGUUAAACAUUGAAAACCUCUACUGUGAUAGCCACCUAAACCCUGACAUGGCGAGAAUCACUCGAAGCACUAGCUGCCAUGCUGCUAGCUCAACUGGUCCACAGGAUUAAACUGCCUCAAAGACAGCUAGACGGCAAAAAGACGCUCCCUGAAAAUUCCAGCUUGAUUUGGUCCAGUGUGUCUUCAGUGGAAGGCUUCCACGUACGACACCGGUGUCAGUGUUUGGUCCUGAUGUUUCCUUGGCUUAUUAAGGAAUCCUUUCAGGACAAAUAGCAUUUAUGUGCCACCGGAGUGAUUUAAAAGUAGUUUUUUAAGUAGUUUGUGUUAAUUUGCAUAAAAAGCUAUUAAGUGCUAAAUAUGUUCUUGUGUCUGAGGGACAAAUAACAGGGGCUCUUAACAGCAGCAUGCAUUAAUGUUCGUUAAUGUGUUGUGCUAGGGUUAGUGUGUUAAACUCAAAGCUACACGAUAUGCUCUGUGGGAUGGCAAACCAUUCCUGACAGGUUUUAACCUGGACUGCUGCCCGGGCCUUCCUGUUGGAUCGCAUAAUCCUUUCAGCUGUAUGUUCAUAUUCAUACGUUACUGCGAUAUCAUCAGAAAAUUAACUAAAGUGGUUCCUGUCAUUUCAUAACCACUUAUGUCAACUGGAGCUGUCAGCUCAGUUGGUUUAGUUCAUUAUUCUGCAUGUGCAUGUCAAUCAUAACGGUCAUUAGUGAGAAAUAAAUGGGUAUGACAGAGAGAGAGAAACAUCCUCUGCACAAAGGGUAACUUUUCAGCUAAUCCUAAACUGACUCAUCGACCCA